AUGUUGUUUAGGGUUUGUUCUGAUAAUAGGUUGUUUCCAGAGGCGGUUAGGGUUUUUGAUUAUGUGGAGGAAAAGGGGUUCGUGAUAGAGGAGAGGUCUUGUUUUGUGCUUUUGCUUGCUUUGAAGAGAUGUGGUGAGAUUGAGUUGUGUCUUAGAUUCUUCCGCCGGAUGGUUGAGUCUAAUGGAAUUGAAAUUAGGGUUCAGUCUUUGACAUUUGUGAUUGAUGGCUUGUGUAAGAGAGGAGAGGUUGAGAAAGCUAAGGAGUUGAUGGAUGAGAUGGUCACUAAAAGCAUUGUGAAACCGACUGUGUUUACUUACAAUACGUUGUUGAAUGCGUAUGUUGGAAGAAAGGAUCGAAGUGGAGUUGGUGAGAUACUGAGGUUGAUGGAGAAGGAGCCGGUUGUUUUUAGUGUGGCGACUUAUAGUAUUUUGAUUCAGUGGUAUUCUAGUUCUGGUGAUAUUGGGGAAGUGGAGAAGAUAUUCGAGGAAAUGCGUGAAAGAAAAAUAGAAAUUGAUGUUUAUGUUUAUUCGUCCAUGAUAAGUUGGAAUUGUAGGUUGGGAAAUAUGAAAAGGGCAUUUGCGUUGUUUGAUGGCUGA